AUGAAAAUCCUCGUGGCCCUGGCGGUCUUUUUUCUCGUUUCCACUCAACUGUUUGCAGAGGAAAUCGGUGUCAACGAUGAUCUAAAUUAUUGGUCCGACUGGUCCGACCGCGACCAGAUCAAGGAGGCGCUGCCAGAGCCCUUUGAGCAUCUUCUGCAGAGAAUCGCCCGGAGACCCAAGCCUCAGCAGUUCUUUGGAUUAAUGGGCAAACGGGAUGCUGAUUCCUCAAUUGAAAAACAAGUGGCCCUGUUAAAGGCUCUUUAUGGACAUGGCCAGAUCUCUCACAAAAGACAUAAAACAGAUUCCUUUGUUGGACUAAUGGGAAAAAGAGCUUUAAAUCCUGUGGCAUAUGAAAGAAGCACAAUGCAGAACUAUGAAAGAAGACGCAAAUAA